AUGGACCCUAUGACGGGUCUAGGCACCGACAAGAUCCGCGGGGUGGUGGUCCUGCAUCCUUGGGACACGUACCGCUGGCGUCAAGUGUUGGAGGACCCGCUUGUCGAAAAGAAGUACCUCGUGCGCGGCCUCCCUCUAGGUGGUAGGGCGGGUCAGGAGGAUCCUUCAGGACCCGGCGGUGCUGAUCUCGACGGGUCCGUGGUUGCGGUCCCACCUGCUGCUAGAGCGGGUGGGGUGGCGAUCGUCUCGCUCAAAAGGGAGGUGACUCUUACAGACUUCCCUUCAAAUCCAACGGCGAGGGGGCCUUUCUUCAGAGACGUGCUUCAGCCGUUCAUAGCGGCGAUUCCAAGCGGAAGCCACUUGAUGCUUGCAGGGGACCUGAACAAAGUGUCAUCUAUUAUACGGAAUCAUGAGGAGCAGGGUGGGGACUUAGAGGCUCUGACGAACUCUCUGAAGGUUGGGCUUAAGGCGUACACCGUAGAAGAAAGGAAGCGCGUUGCAGCCACAACGACACAUCUGGAAAGAGAGGAGGGGGAGCUAAGGCAGAAGGUGAUGAGCAAACCCUGGUGCACGAGGGCGAAGGCGAGGCUGGUGAAAUACGAGGCCAAGCUCAAGGCAUACGACGACGGGAGACAGCAAAAGCUGCAAGAGCAAGCAGGGAUCAAGGUGGAGAUGAACAGUGAAGCACCCACGGGAUUCCUAUUGGCGAAGGUUAAAGCAAGAAAGGCUAAGACAAGGCUAGAGGCGGUGAACUUUCGGGGUCAGCAUUUCGUGGGGUCGAAAGAGGCCCUGAAAGUGGCAGCAAGUUUCUAUGCGGACCUGUUUGACGACAAGUCACGGCCGGGAGCUCUGUCGCUGGACUUCAAAAUGGAUAGGCAGUUCUCACCGAAAGAUGCAGCCGCGCGCAGUGCGCGGUGGGAGGAGGAGGAGGUUAAGCAGGCGCUUGCGGAAAUGGUGUCGGGUAAAACGCCGGGGAUAGAUGGGCUGCCGAAGGAGUUCUGGGGGUCGCAGUGGAGUUUACUGGGUGGUCAUGUGAUGAAGUUCUUGAAGGACUUUGAGCGGACGGCAUCACUUGCGGCAGAAUUCUCGAUGGCCGUGACGGUGCUCGUCCACAAGAAGGGGGAUAAAGAGGACCUGCAGAACUAUCGCCCGAUUAAUUUGCUGAGCACGGCGUACAAGAUCAUUGCAAAAAUUCUGGCAAUCAGGAUAAAGCACAGGCUGGAGAAAGUGGUAUCCACGGGGCCGUUUGGAUUCUUACCCAGUAGGAGCCUUGCGGGAGCGGUGGCGAUUGCGGCAGAUGCGAUCGACGCGGCGAACUCCAUGCAGAAAGAUUGGCUCCUCCUCCUGGUCGAUUUCAGGAAAGCAUUUGAUUCUGUCUCGAGGGACUACCUGUUUGAGGUCUUGGGAAAGAUGGGCUUCCCAAGGGCAUAUGUGAAGUGGGUGGAAGGGCUGCAUCAGAGGGUGGCAAAGCGCAUCUGCAAUGACGGCUGGCUGGGAGAGGAGGUGCCGGUGCAAACUGGAGUGAGGCAGGGCUGCCCGCUUGCGCCAUAUCUUUUCUUCUGUGCGGUGGAGCCCCUCUGCCAAGAAGCACAGUGGAGGCAAUUAGGAGUGGACAUUGCGGACGCAGGAAAGCUGUCUUACCUUGGCUAUGCGGAUGACACAACUCUUCUGCUGAAGGGGCGGGAGCAGCUCAAUAGGGCCGAGACGCUGCUUAGAGCGUGUUACACCUCUUUCUAUGCGCAUGAGGGCCUGCUGAAAAUGUGGGAUGGGGGUAGCGAGCGUUGGAAGGCGAUUGCGGUGGUGGUAAUGGAGUCCCCCAUAGCCCGAAACUUGCCAUGCAAGAGCAGACGGGAUGUGGAGAAGGAACGAGUGGUGUUCAACCGUCACAUCCUACGCGAGGGAAGCUGUCCUUUCGGGAGGCGGAAGGGGUCGGAGUGCCUCUGGGACAUCACAGUUGGCGACCUGGUGAUGAAAUGGGUGGAAAGCACACGAAGCCCCAAAACGCCGGUGCAGCUGGAGCGGCUACUGGGCUCCAAGCAAGCAGCGGCAUUGGCGGCGGAAGUCUUCGAGGCAAUUCUUGCAAAGUGGAAAAAUCAGGUUCUGAAAACGCUUAGCGAGGAGGAGAUGCUAGAGGCGAUUAAGGUGGUUUGCGCCGCUGGUCGAGGGGUGCAGAUGUGGUGGAUAGUCAAGGCGUCGGGGAGUGCGUUAUGGUGCGUAAAGAUGCGGCGCCGUGCUGACGGGGUGUCCUGGUACACGCCAGAGGGAGCAAGAGUUUCUUUGCUACCAGUAUGGGAUGCUACUCUGCUGGCGAUGUUAGGGGAUGAGGUGGCAUGA